GUCAUCUGACGCGGAGCGUACCAAAUCCCGGCGCGUGAGGGCGACUUGGCUCGCCUACGUCUCAAUGUGGUUCCCGGGAAAUACUCAGAUAUUGGGACUGUUUCCAGUCGAUUGCGAAGGCUUCCCCAGGCAAGACUCAUCCGCUUCACUUUCCAGCUCUAGGAAGCGUUUUAGUUUUCCAGUCUCUAAGAGAUGGGCAACCGGAAACGGAAGUCACUUCCCAGAUAUUUCCGGAAGAGGCUGUCAUGGCUGCCCAGGAGGACGCAGUAGCUUUGCAGGAUGAAAUUGCCCGGCGUGAGGAAGAGCUAGCUUCGCUGAAGCGGAGGCUGGCCGCAGCCCUAGCAGCUGAGCCGGAGCCCGAGCAUCCGGUCCCGGUAUUGCCGCUGCCGCCGAGGGCCGCGCUGUCGCGGGACGAGAUCCUACGCUACAGCCGUCAGCUGCUGUUGCCGGAGCUGGGCGUGCGAGGUCAGCUGCGCCUGGCCGCCGCUUCGGUGCUGGUGGUGGGCUGCGGCGGGCUGGGCUGCCCGCUGGCUCAGUACCUGGCGGCGGCCGGCGUGGGCAGGCUGGGUCUGGUGGAUCACGACGUGGUGGAGACGAGCAAUCUGGCCCGCCAGGUGCUGCACGGGGAGGCGCAGGCAGGUCGUAGCAAGGCUUGGUCGGCGGCCGCGGCGCUGCGCCGCCUCAACUCGGCGGUGGAGUAUGUGCCGUACCCGCGCGCGCUCAGCGAGGCUUGGGCGCUCGACCUGGUCCGGGGCUACGACGUAGUGGCCGAUUGCUCCGACAACGUGCCCACGCGCUACCUGGUGAACGACGCAUGCGUGCUGGCCGGCCGGCCGCUGGUGUCUGCCAGCGCCCUGCGCUUCGAGGGCCAGAUGACCGUCUACCACUACGACGGCGGGCCCUGCUACCGCUGCGUGUUCCCGCGGCCGCCCCCGGCCGAGACGGUGACCAACUGCGCCGACGGCGGCGUGCUCGGAGUCGUGCCCGGCGUACUGGGCUGCGUGCAGGCGCUCGAGGUGCUCAAGAUCGCCGCUGGCCUCGGGACCUCUUACAGCGGCAGCUUGCUGCUCUUCGACGGCCUCGGGGGCCACUUCCGCAGGAUCCGGCUGCGGCGCCGCCGGCCCGACUGCGUCGUGUGCGGUCAGCAGCCCACCGUGACCCGCCUGCAGAACUAUGAGGCCUUCUGCGGCUCCUCGGCCACCGACAAGUGUCGAGCCUUGAAGCUCUUGAGCCCCGAGGAGCGGAUUUCUGUGACCGACUACAAGCGGCUUCUGGAUUCCGGGGCGCCCCACGUAUUGCUGGACGUCCGGCCUCAAGUAGAGGUGGACAUCUGUCGUCUGCAGCACUCUCUCCACAUCCCUUUGAAUCAGUUGGAACGCAGGGAUGCGGACAGCCUGAAACUCUUAGGGGCCGCCCUCCGGGAAGGGAAGCAGGAUUCCCAGGAAGGGGCUGCUCUCUCCGUGUAUGUGAUUUGCAAACUGGGGAACGACUCCCAGAAAGCCGUGAGGGUCCUGCAGUCCUUAACAGCAGUGCCAGAGUUAGACUCUUUAACUGUUCAGGAUAUUGUGGGGGGACUCAUGGCCUGGGCUGCCAAAAUUGAUGGGACAUUUCCACAGUACUGAGGGGACAGCAUGUGAUUCCCGUGGAUGACGGUUGUGAUACCUGAAGGAUCUGUUCGAGCCUUUUCAGUAAUGUAGGGAAGAGCUUGGAUUCACAGUCUCUGAAUAAAUAAACUUUUUUUUUUUUUUUUUUUGUUUGCAAGGAGCAUUUUGAGAAAACAGGAUACCAUUGUCUUUGAGAGCUGCCUUGUGUUUUACGCCCUUUGCGGUACCUUUGACAUGUGACAUGGAAUGCGACAGGAUUUUUCUUUCCCACCUGGUCCGGACAAAGUGUUCUCUGGGCCAUGCAUCUUAUACUUGGAAUUUAAAAUGCAGCUUUUAUUACAUCUUAGUCUCACUGAAUUAAUUCUUACAUUCAGCCCAUUUUUAACUAAGUUGUUCUUUGGGAGGUUGCAGAGAUGGCUUAACACAGGCUGCCCUCCCCUGGGACCCUGGUUUGACCCCCAGCACUCAUAUGUCGGCUCUGUAACUCCAGUUCCACGAGAUCAUAUGCUGUCUCCUCGCCUCCUCCAGCUCCAGGAAGGGCCUUGGUGCACAGACAUACAUACAGUCAAAACACAAAGUUUUAAAAUCUAAGAGAAAAAAAAAAGAUACUAUUUGAGUCUUAAUUCUACUUCAAAUGAUAGGCUAUACCCGUUAAAAAUACGUAACAUGUGUAGUGUUUUCAUUAUCUGGAAAUUGAUCUUUGUAGACCCUAUUGUGAGUUCAGAGUGCAGUCUUGACAGUUUAGCAAAAUGAAGGGAGCUGCCUUGUGUCUGUCAGCUUCCCUAAGACGUUGCUAGCUUGCAUUAGCUUCCGUGUCUGCCUUAGGCUAUACCAGCAGUUCUCAAUCUCUUGGUCGAGAUCCUUUAGGGGGGUCAAAUGACCCUUUCACA